GCCGUCCCUGCCGUAUUUCCUAGGGCUCCCGCGUCUGAGCGGUUUGUACGUGCUGGGGGUGGCCGCGUCGCUUUGUGGUAGAGGCGUAGAGUUGGUGGGGUGGGAAGAACCGCGCUCCCGGUGGAAGCAGAGGAGCCGAGCGGGAACCAUGGCCAGUACAGUGGUAGCAGUUGGACUCACCAUUGCUGCUGCAGGAUUUGCAGGCCGUUACGCUUUGCAAGCCGUGAAGCAUAUGGAGCCUCAAGUAAAACAAGUUUUUCAAAGUCUACCAAAAUCUGCCUUCAGUGGUGGCUAUUACAGAGGUGGGUUUGAACCCAAAAUGACAAAACGGGAAGCAGCAUUAAUACUAGGUGUAAGCCCUACUGCCAAUAAGGGAAAAAUAAGAGAUGCUCAUCGACGAAUUAUGCUUUUAAAUCACCCAGACAAGGGAGGAUCUCCUUAUAUAGCAGCCAAAAUCAAUGAAGCUAAAGAUUUACUAGAAGGUCAAGCUAAAAAAUGAAGUAAAUGUAUGAUGAAUUUUAAGUUCUUAACUCAUUUAUGUAUAUGAGUACCAGCUUUUUAUAAUAAAAUGCCUCAAAGCUACACAUUUUAAAAAUUAGCAUAAGCUAAAUGAAAGCCUUGGUAUAAAUUUGAGGAUUUAAAAUCGGAUUAUAGAAUAUUUGUAGGUUAAUACUCAAUAAUUAUGGAUAAAUGCAUGCCAUUUGAAGUGUUCAUUACUCAUUUGUCAAAUAAUUUGGUACCUAUUUCAAGACAAGGUGAACAAGAUAGUCUCUCCCUGAAGGAAUCCCCAGUCUGAUGGGAGACUGAUAAACUGAUAAUUAAAAUACAAUGUGAAAAUAAUUAAAAUACAGUGUAAUAAAUAUGAUGGAAUUAGCA